ACCUACGGAAACUGUGGGUUUCGAAAAACGCCGAUUGCGAGGAAACAUUUUAGCGCGUUGCGACGGGACCAGUGAAAAAGCAAUCGUAAUACGCGUGUUAGCCCGAAUUAAAAGUUAACCAACCGCUAUUUAAUCGAGGGAGUACCGAAUUCGGAUCCCAGCCAUGUCGCAUCACUACGUGGUGACGGCGCAAAAGCCGACGGCGGUUGUUGCCUGUUUGACGGGCAACUUCACCUCGCCCACAGAUCUUAAUCUGAUUAUCGCCCGGAAUAACCAGGUGGAAAUCGAUCUGGUUACUCCGGAGGGACUGCGUCCGCUGAAAGAGAUCAACAUUAAUGGCACCAUUGCCGUUAUGAAGCACUUUCGUCCGCCGGAUAGUAACAAGGAUCUGCUCUUUAUCCUGACGCGCCGCUACAAUGUCAUGAUCCUGGAGGCGCGUAUGGUGAACGACGUCAUCACGGUGGUUACCAAGGCCAAUGGAAACGUAUCCGACUCGGUGGGAAUUCCUUCCGAGGGCGGAGUCAUUGCCGCCAUUGAUCCCAAGGCAAGGGUCAUUGGAAUGUGCCUAUACCAGGGCUUGUUCACCAUCAUUCCGAUGGAUAAGGAGGCCAGCGAGCUGAAGGCCACCAAUUUGCGCAUGGAUGAGCUGAACGUAUACGACGUUGAGUUCCUGCACGGUUGCCUCAAUCCCACCGUCAUUGUCAUUCACAAGGACAACGAUGGCAGGCACGUCAAGUCGCACGAGAUUAACCUGCGCGAGAAGGAGUUCAUGAAGAUCGCCUGGAAGCAGGACAACGUGGAGACGGAGGCCACCAUGCUGAUCCCAGUGCCAUCACCCAUCGGUGGAGUCAUCGUCAUUGGUCGCGAAUCGAUUAUGUAUCACGAUGGGAGCAACUACCACGCAGUGGCGCCGCUCACCUUCCGUCAGAGCACCAUCAACUGCUACGCUCGUGUGAGCAGCAACGGAUUGCGCUACUUGCUGGGCAAUAUGGAUGGCCAGCUGUACAUGCUGUUCCUCGGCACCUCGGAAACCAGCAAGGGAGUGACCGUCAAGGACAUCAAGGUGGAACAGCUGGGAGAGAUCUCUAUACCAGAGUGCAUUACUUACCUGGACAACGGGUUCCUCUAUAUCGGAGCUCGUCAUGGUGAUUCGCAGUUAGUGCGCCUUAAUUCGGAGGCCAUCGAGGGCUCCUAUGUGGUGCCCAUUGAAAACUUUACAAAUCUGGCUCCGAUCCUCGACAUUGCCGUAGUGGAUCUGGAUCGUCAGGGACAGGGUCAGAUAAUCACUUGCUCGGGCAGUUUCAAGGAUGGAUCCCUGCGCAUCAUUCGCAUUGGCAUUGGCAUACAGGAGCACGCUUGUAUCGAUCUGCCAGGCAUCAAGGGAAUGUGGUCCUUGAAGGUGGGAGUGGAUGACAGUCCGUACGAGAAUACUCUGGUGCUGGCAUUUGUGGGACACACGAGGAUUUUGACCCUCUCCGGCGAAGAGGUAGAAGAGACCGAGAUUCCUGGAUUCGCCAGCGAUCUGCAGACCUUCCUCUGUUCAAAUGUGGAUUACGAUCAGUUGAUUCAAGUGACUUCGGACAGUGUUCGCUUGGUGAAGAGUGACACCAAAGCUCUUGUUGAUGAGUGGCGUCCGAAGGGCGAUCGUACCAUUGGUGUGGUAUCCUGCAAUGCCACUCAGAUUCUGGUGGCCUCUGCAUGCGACGUGUUCUACAUUGUCAUCGAAGAUGGAAGCCUUAAGGAGACGUCUCGCAGGACUUUGGCAUACGAGGUGGCCUGCCUGGACAUAACUCCUUUGGAUGAGACGCAAAAGAAGUCUGACUUGGUGGCCGUUGGUUUGUGGACGGAUAUAUCUGCUGUUAUCCUUUCGCUACCUGACCUUGAGACCAUUUACACUGAAAAACUAAGCGGAGAGAUCAUUCCCCGUUCCAUUUUGAUGACCACCUUUGAGGGAAUCCAUUAUCUGCUAUGCGCUCUGGGUGACGGCUCUAUGUAUUACUUUAUUAUGGACCAGAAAACCGGGCAGUUGACGGAUAAGAAAAAGGUGACUCUCGGCACGCAACCAACCACACUGCGCACCUUCCGGUCGUUAUCCACCACGAACGUAUUUGCCUGUUCGGAUCGUCCCACGGUGAUUUACUCAUCCAAUCACAAGUUGGUAUUCUCCAACGUUAAUCUGAAGGAGGUGAACCACAUGUGCUCUCUGAAUGCCCAAGCGUAUCCGGAUAGCUUGGCGCUGGCCAACAAGAAUGCCGUCAUUUUGGGCACCAUUGAUGAGAUUCAGAAACUGCAUAUUAGAACAGUGCCGUUGGGCGAGGGACCACGCCGGAUUGCCUACCAGGAGGCAUCGCAGACGUUUGCGGUGUCCACGCUUCGUGUCGAUGUCCAUGGAAGAGGCGGAGCUAAGCCAUUGCGGAAAAGUGCCUCCACACAGGCCCAGAACAUUACCUGUAGUUCGAAUAUCUUGCCCAAGCCGGGCGGUGGAAACUCCACAGCUACCAAUGCGGAAGUUGGCCAGGAAAUCGAUGUAUACAAUCUGCUGGUUAUCGAUCAAAACACUUUCGAGGUUCUCCAUGCCCACCAGUUUGCGGCCCCAGAAACUAUAUCCUCGCUGAUGUCCGCCAAGCUGGGCGAUGAUCCCAAUACCUAUUAUGUGGUGGCCACAUCGUUGGUGAUACCAGAGGAACCAGAGCCAAAGGUGGGAAGGAUUAUCAUCUUCCACUAUCACGACAACAAGUUGACACAGGUGGCCGAAACAAAAGUGGAUGGUACUUGCUAUGCCCUGGUUGAAUUCAACGGAAAGGUUUUGGCGGGAAUCGGAAGUUUUGUGCGUCUGUACGAGUGGACCAACGAGAAGGAGCUGCGCAUGGAGUGCAACAUUCAGAACAUGAUUGCUGCCUUGUAUUUGAAGGCCAAGGGAGACUUCAUCUUGGUUGGAGAUCUAAUGCGAUCCAUCACGCUGCUGCAGCAUAAGCAGAUGGAGGGCAUCUUCGUGGAAAUUGCCCGCGAUUGUGAACCCAAGUGGAUGCGAGCCGUCGAGAUUCUCGACGAUGAUACUUUCCUGGGAUCCGAGACAAAUGGAAAUCUGUUCGUGUGCCAAAAAAAAAGUGCGGCCACCACCGAUGAGGAGCGUCAAUUACUGCCGGAGUUGGCCCGCUUCCACUUGGGAGAUACUGUGAAUGUUUUCCGUCACGGAUCCUUGGUGAUGCAGAACGUGGGCGAGCGGACAACACCGAUAAAUGGAUGUGUGCUGUACGGAACGUGCAACGGAGCCAUUGGAAUUGUGACCCAGAUACCGCAGGACUUCUACGACUUCCUGCAUGGUCUGGAGGAGCGGCUGAAGAAGAUCAUCAAGUCGGUGGGAAAGAUCGAGCACACUUACUACCGCAAUUUCCAAAUCAACACCAAAGUGGAGCCCAGCGAGGGAUUCAUCGAUGGAGAUCUAAUCGAGAGCUUUUUGGACUUGAGUCGAGAGAAGAUGCGCGAUGCCGUUCAGGGAUUGGAGUUAACGCUGAAUGGUGAACGAAAGGGUGCGGAUGUGGAAGAUGUAAUCAAGAUAGUCGAGGACCUUACGCGCAUGCAUUAAGGCGACGGGUCACAUGUAUAUAAGUAUUGGAAAAGGAACUGUCACGACGCGAAUUGUUUGAAUGUACAUGAAACUUCGAUACCAUGUAUCCCGCUUAACCACAUAAUUACCCUCUCGAAACUCUUCGUGCUAGAUGCUGCGACUGUCGUUCAUGCGAUGUUUAUCGAGUUCCUCCGUUUGUGUUUGCUCGUAAAAAAUAUUGACAAUGUAGCAAAAAAAAUUGUUUUAUUUGCGCCGCACGCGCUCUUUCAAAGUGGCGCAUCAUUAAUUUAAUAAAAAAUUUUUAAAUGAA